ACGAAAUUUAAAUAGAAAUAAAAAGAAAUACAAAAAAAAGUUUGGAGAAAUUUAAUUAAAAAAAAAGAAAUGUUUUAAUUAUCUAACAAAAACACAAGUGAAAAUAUAAUUAAUUAAAGAAAUUAAUAAAGAAAAAUGUCAUCACCACCAACGGCUUUAGCAGCCUCAAAUAAAGAGGAGGAAAAACUGAAUUAUUUUCAAAAAGUAUGGCGUUUUCGCCGCUACCUAACCAUAGAACCUUUCUUCUUCUUCUAUUUGAUGGCCAGUGUUUUCAAUGCCAUUGCCAUGUUAAAUUUCCCAUUGGACAAGGCCUGUCGCGUUAAUUUGGGCUACAGCAAAGAGGUGUGUGCUACCACUUUGGAUAAAUCACAGUAUGACAUUGAUUGUGAUGCUUUUAAUUUCGAAAAUGCCACCGAAUUUGCAGCCUCUAUGCAGGAAAUGUUUUUCAAUGACACUUCGCCGGGCUUCAACUAUACGGUGUGUAAGGCGGAAGUGGGUGCCCAGAAAUUGGCAGCCAAUGUUUCGGGCAAAAGGGCGCCAAUAGCCGCUAUUUUCCCCUUGAUCGUACUGCUGUUCGCUGGUGGUUGGAGUGAUCGUUAUAACAAACGAAAAGCCUGCAUGAUUGCUCCCCUUAUCGGAGAGUGUUUAUCAUUUUUGUGUCUUUUGGUGUCCGCUAUAUUUUUCGAUCAAAUACCCAUGGAAUUUGGAUCGUAUGCAGAAGCCAUAGUGCCGGCAUUAUUUGGUGGCAGUACUUUAUGUUUAAUGGCCAUAGACAGUUAUAUGACAAUAUCCACGCCGGAAGAGGAUAGAAUUUUUAGAUUUGGCAUUUUCGCCAUGUUUGCCACGGGCAUGCCUUUUAUAGGUCAACCUAUAAGUGGUUUAUUGUUUCAAUAUUUGGGUUAUAUAAUGUCCUUUGGUAUGGCUUUAACUUUCAAUAUCAUUGCUACCCUGUACAUAAUCUUUGUAAUCAAAGAACUUAAACCUUCAAUAAAGCCUGUGGAUCUAACUAACCACCCGCCACCUCUACCCAGCCAGGCUCCGCCUCACAUGCUGAGUCAAGGUGCUGAAAAUCUAGCUUAUGAGGUCACAAAUUUAGAAGAUAUUACUCAUCCCCAUAAAAAUGUCUCCUUUGAAAUGUCUGCCAAUGGCACUGACAUCGUUACGGUCGCUCCCACGCCUGUUGUGCCGGACAACAAAAAUUGGUUGAUCAAAUUCUUCGAUCCCACCCUGGUGGUGGAUUAUGUUAAGUUUCCUCUGAAAAAGCGCAAGAAUCGAGGCCGCAUGUUAUUGGCUUUCUUGAUAAUGGCCUAUAUGUUUACCAUAGGACCGGCAUUGGGUGAAAAUGAUUUUUGGAAUCGUUUUGCUUUUAUUAAAUUGAACUGGAAUGGCAAUGAUUUUAGUAUUUAUACUACAUUUACUUCUGCUUUAGCUUUGGGAGGUACUUUUAUUGGCACUGCUAUUUUCAGUAAACUGUUGAAAUUCUCUGAUGCCUUGGUGGGUUUUGUAUCAGCUUUAACUACUGCUUUAUCCAGAGUGUUAUUUGGCUUUUCCAAAGACACUGCCACUUUUUAUGCUGGUGGCAUAGCGGAUAUGUUUGCGACUUUAAGAGUAAUUGCCAUAAAGACCAUUGGUUCCAGUAUAGUAGAUGAAGAGGAAUUGAGUAAAAUGUUCUCCAUCUUCAGUAUCUGCCAACCUAUUGCCCAAUUGAUAUUUACACCCAUUUACAGUGAUAUUUAUGAGAAUACGGUGAAUUCAUUUCCGGGAGCCAUUUUCUUAUUCAGUGAAGUAUUUGCUUUGCCAAAUGUCAUUGUUUUUAUCAUUUGUUAUGUUGUGGUGAGACGUCGCAAGACCCAAAUUAAAAAACGUGAAAAACUGGAAAAUGGUCAAGGUAACACAACUCAGAGUAAUGGUGAUGUGGAGAUAACUAGUCUUUAGAUUUUGCAGAAUUUCAAAAUCUAAGUUUUUGUAUAAAUUAUCAAACUAUUUGUAAAUAUUCUUUUUAUUUUUAUAUACGAGUAUACUGUUUUUGUUUUUAAUAAAAUUAAAAACCAUUUAAAAUAUUA